AUGGCCAAGGGAGCUAAAUCGGUGGAGGCAACUGGUUUCGGUGGCAGUGACAAGUGCCUCGGGGAUUUGCUGAGGGUCCAUUUUCGGAGCUAUUGCGAAAAGUCAACGAUUCACUGUGUUCGCUAUCUGUACGAUCCACAGUUGCACAAUGUUGAGAGACUCAUCUGGUGUGUGUUGCUCAUCAUCAGCGUGGCCCUUUCCUGCUUCUUUUAUCUUUUACUCUCCGAGCGUUUUGUAUCCCAAAAGCUUCAGACAGUUGUCCAUGAUCCACAGUACCCGGUUUUUCUGGUUCAAUUUCCGGCCGUGGGAAUUUGUACGGAUAAUCGAGUAAAUUGGAGCAAACUAGAGGCGGCCAAGAAGCAGUUCCUCCCAGCAAAUACCAGCGUGGAACUUGUGGAGAGCUUCAGCAGUUUGGUUUCCCGAAUGGAAACCCUUCGAUUCGGCAGUUUUCUGGCCAAUUUGGCUCAACUGGAGGACGACAAUCUGGAGCAAGUGGGUUUUGUUAACCUAACCGAAUUGGCCAUGUUCCUGACCCUCCAGUGCGAGGACAUCCUAGUCACGGAUUCCUGCCGGUGGCGCAGUUCCUCCUUCAAUUGUUGCGAUUACUUUGUGAUGGAGAAGACGGAGUUCGGAUUUUGUUUGGUUUUCAAUUCAGAGGUUUCUCCACGUUCCAAGGCAAUCAGACAGAAGGAGGGAUUUAACUUUUAUCCCAGGCACAAUGCCAAGGCGGGUCAAAGUACGGGAUUGAAUUUUGAUUUACUUCUAAACGAGAGCUUCAAGCGACCCAAUUCUCAGGCUAAUGAUAAUGUUUAUGUAAUGAUUAAAAAGCCUGAUCAAUUGAACAAUGUGCUUUAUUCAAUGACCCAAAACACCGAGACCUAUGUGACCGUACGUCCGGAACUCACUUGGACGGAUGAGACCACUAGAAGUAUUCCGCCGGAGCAGAGGAACUGCCUUUUUGCGGACGAGCAGAGUGAGUUGGAUUCCCGUGAUGCGGCCAAGAAAUAUGGCAAACCCUUUCAGCUCACCAACUGCCUAAAUAGAUGCCAUGAAUCCUACUUGGUUCAGCUCUGCAACUGCUCUCUACCCAUUUUUUUCUUAUACAACAAGAGGGUUAAAGAAUGCACUGCAGGCAGCCUGCGCUGCUUAGCUCGGCACAAUGACAUUUUCAGCUACGAUAAGCGGAGGGACGAGGAUGCCCUUUUCAGUGCCACAAAACCCGGGAUGACGUGUUCCUGUUUGGUGAACUGUUACCUGCUGGAUUAUUAUACGGCCACGACCACACUGCCUUUGUCAGCCCAUAAACUACCCAAGGACCCACAACAGAAGCUCUUCAAGGUGGAUGUGCACUAUCAAGUGGAAACUAUACCCUUAUACCGCACUAGUUUGGAGUUUUCCAUUAUUGAUUUGAUAGCCAAUCUGGGUGGAAUCUUUGGCCUUUGCCUGGGUGCUUCUAUGGUCAGUGCCUUCGAAUUGAUUUACUAUCUGACUGUGGGCCUUGCCAUGCAUCUUUAUGACAACAGAUACUAUGUUGUUUUGAAUAAACAACUGCGCUUCAAGUGGCAAAAAUUUAAGAGCUACCUAAAAAACGAUGUCAAUCCCUUAGCGGAGAUUCCUGCAACCCAAAAGGACAAUAGAGAAGGUAAAUUGAGGCAUCCCUUUAACCAUAGAAAAAAUGUUUGGUAA